CCGUAAGCGGCUACGACUGUGGCUAUUGUGACAUUGAAAUAUCCACAGCGUGGACCAUAAAUAGUGAGCCAGAAAUUGUCAUUCCGCCUUUUAAAUCCCAACCAUCUCCCCUCUUCUAUUAAAUCUAUGGCUUAUACAACUCCUGCAUCUCAAGCUUCAGUCUUGAAGCCAUCCAAAGAGUCUGUUCAAGCCAAACUUGUGGGAUCCUUCCCAGAACGCUUCAUUGGCGCAAUGCCCGUGUGCGAGUUUCUUGACAAUUUCCUCCCUGCGGGAGACGAUUGUCCAGUUCUUUACAAUGAUGAGUUUCCCGUCGUUGAAAAUACGCGAUGCGAGGAGCCCAAACCGGAGCGCACCACGUUCGAACAUUUUAUGAUGGCUCUGCGGAAAUUCACCGCCAAUUUUGAUCUUGUCGACACCUCCAGUUGCCCUGACCCCUCUGUCGUCGUCGAUGGCCAUGAAUUCCAGCCCGACAUCGCGUUGUACAAAAGUGGAAGCGCCCGAAAAGGAGUGACAGACAUGUCCGCGAUGGAGGCAUGGAUCACCAUCAAGCCUUCUAUGCAACAAGACCCCUUCCAUGACCCUUACGAGGACUUCCAGAACGACCCCUAUGAGGGCGUCCCGGAUUAUCACUCAUUCGAGCUAGACGGCAAGCAGUCCAUCUCAACGCGCGCAUAUAUGCUGGCCUGUGCCAAUGCCUUCUUCGCGACGCAGUUCCGCCGCUUUGGGUUUUCUAUUCUCAUCUGUGGCUCUUGCGCACGUUUUGUGCGCUGGGACCGGGCUGGUGCUCUCGUAUCUAUGCGGUUCGACUACACGAAGGAUGUCGCUCCAUUGGCUUAUUUCCUAUGGAGCCUGAAUUGUGCGUCGCCUGAGGACCGUGGCGUCGACGUGUCCGUGAUACCCCUUUCCCUUUCGCAAACUCUAGACCCCCCUACCUGGGAGCUCCUGGGCAUGGGGAGUUCCGACCCUCUGUAUGGGUACAUCGUUCCCGUCGAUACUGCACUUCAAAAUACCGUAGACGCACAAGGUCGCCCCUUGCCCACUCAUCGCUUUUACGUCGGCCCACGGCCCACCUCCCAGUACUGCAGUCUACUCGAGCAAAGAACUCGCGCCUUCCAUGUUUGGGACCCCCAGCAGAAGAAAGUCGUUUUCUUCAAAGAAAGUUGGAGACAAGAUUCCCAAGCUACCACACCGGAGUCAGAAAUAUACCGGGUACUGCGCUCUCGCCGCAUUUCUAAUAUCCCGUCCUUCGAGCACGGUGGUGACAUGGCUGCCAUCGGAGCAAAAACCGUCACCCACUCAUUCAACGAGGCCUCGUGGUGCUGCGUCCGCACCCGUAAGGCAACCCCCCCGUUGAUACAGCAUCGAAUAAUCCUUCGUGAUGUCGGACGUCCCCUGAGCACCGUUACGUCGACCGAUGAAAUUGUAGUUGCAAUCAGGGAUGCUCUCCGAGCCCAUCAGAGUGCUUAUGAACGUCUCGGCCUUCUGCAUCGAAACAUCAACAUGGCGAACAUUGGCAUCGCCAGUGAUGGUUCUAGACUUCUCAUGGGCUGGGAAUGCAGCUCCUUUACAUCGCGUGGAGGGCUAUGGCAAACCCAGAUGGGAACUCCAGCCUUCAUGUCCGGUGAGCUGUUGGACAAAAAAGCCAACGACAAGCGCCACAAGCUGGCAGAUGAUUUGGAAUCCUUCCUGCACGUCAUGAUGUACAUUCUGGGUCGAUAUAUCCCCAACAACAUGAAUGCUGAGGAGAGGAACACCUUCUUCCAAAUAUUUGAUGAGGAGUAUGUGAUCGAUGGUGGGGGACGGGCUGUGGGUGGCUCGCACAAGAGGAAAUGCCUUGCCAAGCCUGAUUUGUACUUUCCCAAAUCCUUCACUCCGGACGACAACAUCAGCUACCUACUGCGGUUGCUGUGCGAAAUGUUCAGCUGCCGAUACGAUCCCUGGGCAAAACUGUGUGCGCGCCCAGGCAUCUACUGGCGAGCCAGCUAUUUCGAGGAAGCUCCGACCACCCACUAUGAGAUGAUAAGAGACGUGGAUCAUCUUCGCAGCCGGGAAGAAUGGCCCGAGCCAGAUUCAGAUGACUGCUAGGAUAUACUUGGCAUUGCCUUCUAAUGUCUUGUAAGCAAUAUAGUACAAUAUAAAUAAUAUCAUACAGCGGUUUACAUACAUGGAGGUAUGGCGACGUC